AUGACAAGCCUCAGAUCGGGAACACUUACAGUGGCUGGUCUCUUCCUAUCGGCUGCUAUUAUCGCGGCUGUGUUGGCGCUUGCUCUGUGGGACUUCAAAGCGCAUCAAACGCAAACGAAUCUAUUUUAUGGAGGUUAUUCAUUCACAUUCUUAUCGUUUCCAUUAUCGUCAUCAUUAUCACAGUAA